ACAGCUCCAAAUUGCUUGAAAUUUAAUAAUUUGAAUGAAAAUGUACUUAAUUAAGCUCUUUGUUUUGCUUAUUCCUCUAGUUACUGCUUCCACAAUUCAUCAAGACAAUUCAUCAUUUGAUUCUGUACCUUCAGAACCCAAAUCAAGAUUUGCUAUGUUAGAUGAUGUAAAAAUUUUAGCCAAUGGCCUGCUUCAAUUGGGACAUGGUCUUAAAGAUUUUGUUCAUAAGACUAAGGGCCAAAUUAAUGACAUAUUUCAAAAACUUAACAUAUUUGAUCAGUCUUUUUAUGAUCUAACACUACAAACCAAUGAAAUCAAGAAAGAAGAAAAAGAACUGAGAAGAACUACAUCCAAACUACAAGUCAAAAAUGAAGAAGUAAAGAAUAUGUCACUUGAACUCAACUCAAAACUUGAAGGUCUCCUGGAAGAAAAAAUUCUACUUCAACAAAAAGUGGGAUAUUUGGAGGAGCAAUUAACUAAUUUAAUUCAAAGUCAACCUGAAAUUCAGGAACAUCCAGAAGUAAUUUCACUUAAAACUUUUGUAGAACAGCAGGACAACAACAUCAAAGACCUAUUGCAGACGGUGGAAGAGCAGUAUAAACAAUUAAAUCAACAGCGCAGUCAAAUAAAAGAAAUAGAAAACCAGCUCAGAAGGACUGGUACUCAAGAACUCAUAGAAAAUUCUCUUUCAUCCAAACCAAGAGCACCAAGAACUACUCCCCCUUUUAAGCUGAAUGAAACAAAAAAUACAGAACAAAAUGGCAUUCCUGCUGAUUGCUCCACCAUUUACAAUAGAGGUGAACAUACAAGUGGCACAUAUACCAUUAGACCCAGAAACUCUCACGUUUUUAAUGUCUACUGUGUUAUUAAUUCAGGUAAUCCAUGGACAAUGAUUCAACACCGAAUAAAUGGAUCUCUAAACUUCAAUGAAACGUGGGAGAACUAUAAAUAUGGUUUUGGUAGGCUUGAUGGAGAAUUUUGGUUGGGCCUAGAGAAGAUAUAUUCCAUAGUGAAACAAUCUAAUUAUAGUUUACGAAUUGAGCUAGAAGACUGGAAGAACAACAUGUAUUUUACUGAAUAUUCUUUUCACUUGGGAAAUCAUGAAACCAACUACAAGUUACAUCUAGUUGAGAUUGCCAGCAAUAUCCCCAAGGCAUUACCAGAACAGAAAGAUUUGGUGUUUUCUACAUGGGAUCACAAAGCAAAAGGAUAUCUCAGCUGUCCAGAAAGUUAUUCAGGUGGCUGGUGGUGGCAAGAUGUAUGUGAAGAAAAUCACCUAAAUGGCAAAUAUAACAAACCAAGAGCAAAAUCGAAGCCAGAGAAGAGAAGAGGAAUAUGUUGGAGGGCUCAAAAUGGAAGGUUAUACGCUAUCAAAUCAACCAAAAUGUUGAUUCAGCCAGCAGAUUUAGAAAGUUUUGAAUGA